AUGGCAGCUGAAACUAUUAGUGAGCCAAAAACUUCCAAAAACCGAAUCUUCCCAUUUUCUAGGAUUGAGCACAAUGGUGAACUAUCACCUCUCUCAAGUGCAUCAGUGAUUAAUGAGGUCUUACCUGGUGCAUUAGAAAAACAAUAUGAGGAAGAUGAGCAAAGAAAUGGUGUUGAUGAAGAGGCUGUUGCAAUACCAGACAUGUCAAUUAAUGACUAUGAAUUUACAUACAAAGACAAAGAAUUAUUUACUCAACAAUUUAAGGUCAUGACUAAUGAUAAGAAAUGGAAGCUUAGUACAGGGAAAUAUGUUGAAGAUGUUUUAUAUGAUUUGGGAGUGAAAUGCAAGUAUCACAAUCUUAUACAUUCAUUCAUUAUAAAUCCAAGUGACAAUUUUGUCCAAACUGGAUUUGAUCCAAAAAAAAUUAGUGAAAUUAUCAACAAAGAAUAUGGUAAUAAGAUGCCUGAUAUAGACAAAAAUCUUUUGGCUUAUAUUAACAGUUUUCCCAAGGGAGAUGAAACAUCAGAAUCAAAUACCAACUGUGUCAGAAAUAACAAUACUAGCAGUAAUGGAUGUAUUCCAGAUUAUUGA